GUGACACCGUUUUGAGCGCCCGCCCUCCCGCGCUUUUCAGGCUUCAGCGUUGCGCUCGCAAGUAUUUCUGACCGCGGAGGAGGUUGCUUAGUCGUUUUUAUCCGACGGCGGUGCCGCUUUCCUGACAGUCGAAAUGCCUAUUAGAAGAUCACUGAAAUUGGAUGGCAUGUUAGAAGAAAAUUCAUUCAAACCUUCAAAAGUCACAGGGAAGAAAAGUAUUAUAACUUACUCUCCAACAACCGGAACUUGCCAAAUGAGCCCAUUUGCUUCUCCCACAAGCUCUACAGAAGAAGAUGUGCCAUCAAAAGGAAACAGAAAAAAAUUGAAUCAUCUCAGUUUUCCUGGAAGAAAAGAACCUACAACAAAAGACAAUGAUGAAUUCUUGGUAUUGUUAUCUAAAGUAGAAAAAUCAUCAGAAAAAAUCAUGGAAAUAGUGCAAAAUUUAAGCAGUAUCCAGGCUUUGGAGGGCAGUAGAGAGCUUGAAAAUCUCAUUGGUUUCUUCCAUGCGCCACGAUUCUUAAAAAGAGAGAUGCAGAAAACGAAAGAACUAAUGAGAAAAGCAAUGAAAGAAAAGCUGUUUGAAAAGAGUCCAGAACUUCCUAACAAAGAAUUAUGUCAUCUUGACAGCUAUGAAUUCCUCAAAGCCAUCUUAAACUAAGGCAUUUAGAAGAAAUGCAUUCACUAUGAACACCAACUUCUGCAUCUGCCUGAUCAUAUUUAAGGGAACAGAAGAAAUGUUUGUAAUUAAUCUGCCCAGUAAAUACCAGCUCAUAGCACUAGGCAGGUGCAUGUCUAGAUAAAAUUUCUUGCAGCUAAUUUAAACUUUCUACACACACCAGUAGAUAAUCUCAAUGUAAAUAAUACAUUUCUUCUUGACCCUGUAAUGUAAGCGAACAUGUAGAAGAGAAUCUUGACUUAAAUAUUCUGUAUCAUGUACACUUCUAUAUACUUGUAGUAUCUGUACUUAUUAAUAAAGCAUUUCUGAAAAUG